AUGCACCCUGCAGGGCUCACUGCAACGCGCACCUCGCCUGAGCUGGCCUCCGAGUUCACAGGGGCACCCGAGUGUUCCCAGCACGCCUUGCACUCCCAGUCCCAAGCCAUUGCCUUGCCAGGGUUCUCAGACCAGCAGGACCUCGCGGGAAGGCGCACCUACACGGCUCGUCUCCAGUGCCAUGAGUCCACCACGGCCAGCGGUCCAGGGCCAGGGCAUGCUGUCAAGCCCUCCCAGCCGCUCCGAUAUCCUCAGCGAUGGAAGCGAGGUGCCCAGUCGGAAGACAUUGCCUUCCGGGGUGUGAGUACGCAAGAGGACGCGCAGCACGGACUGCAGGUCCAGAGUGUCAUGGUGACGAAAAGAAAUGAGAGGAGCACCGAGGAUUUACAAAAGGAAGUUGGCGUGCUUACGAACCUCCUUCAUCAGGAGCGACGGCAAGCCAAUGAUGCAUUCAACAAGCUCCACAACAAGUGGUCUUGCGACCUUCGUGCCAACGAGGACUUCAUCAAGUACUUGCAUAACGAAAAAGAUCGGAUGCAACAGAAGCUGGAGGGCCUUGAGAAUGAGCGCAAGGGUGUCAUUGCCCAAUGGCAGCAGCUUGUGGGCGAGAACGAGGACUUGCGGAAGGAGCUGCGAACCAAGAACAGGCAGCUGGAGGGUGAAAACAGUGACUUGAAAGAGGCGCUGACAAGGCUCCAGAACAGGCUUGAGGAGUUGAACAGCUUCGAGCACUUUGCUGGUGGUGAGCUUGAAGAUGCGAAGGCCAAGGCAGCCUACAUGGGUCCACGACUCUCAUUUGCAAGCUUGCUCGGACAGGUGGCCAAGUUGCAAAAGGAAAAUGCCUCGUUGCAGAAGCAGGUAGAAGUCCAGCGCAAGCUGCGUGAGGAUGAGCAGAAAGCCUCCGAGGAAAAGAACCGCCGCUGGGCUCGGGAGUGCAGCGGCGUUGGAGCUGGCACCGGAGAGGAAGCUGCGCAGUCUCCCACGCAGGAGCUUGCGACCUCCUCGGAAAACCGUCUGAGGAUGGCGAUGAUCGAUUCGUCAUCUUCUUCGACUCAACUGAAAGAUGCCAUUUCUGCCGUGGAGUCUUUGCUUGGCGAGGCGAAACGCGAGCUGAAGAACAAGCAGCUGCGCGAGCGCCGAGCGGCAUUCGAGCAACUCCACGCGGCCUUGGAGGCCAACGACGAGCAUGCUCUGGCCCAGGCCGUCGAAGCGGCACGGACGGCGGAGGUCGAGGCCGAAGACGUUGCAAAGGCCGAGGCCAAGCUUGUCGAGCUGCAGUCAAGGACAGAUGAUGACAGGAAAGCACAGGCUGCACAGGUCCUACUGUUUGGACAGAAGAAGGAUGCUUUCCACUACGUCAAGAAGGACAAUGUAGAUGCCGUCAAGACUAUCUUGGAGAGCCUGGAUGACACGGUGCGUUGGCAGGACUGGCGCGACUACUGCGGACGGACAUUGCAAAGUUAUGCCAGAGAAAUGAAAUCUGAUCAGGUGUCGGAAUUCCUCACAUCGAUGGCCAGUACCUCCGAUGCCUCACCGGCCUCGCGGUCGGUGCUUCGCUCGGAGAAGAGCCGCGCCUCCGCCGCCUCUGCGUCCAGCCAGCCCUCCUCGGUGGCUUUGGACGAGGACGACGAGGCGGAAGCCGAGGCCGGUGUGGAUGGCGAGGAGACUUCGCACCUGGUGGCUCUGACCAACAGCAACAAUUUGGAUCCUCAGGAAGAUUAUUCGGAGGAUUGUUUUCCCUCCAGCUGGGUCGAGGAGAAGGUUUCGACGAGGCCGGCAGAAGUAACGCGGCAGGUGUCGGAAGAAACCGAGGACGGCGAGGAGGUGGAUGAACCUGAGAUUUCUCUCUCACAAGAGGAAGUUGAUGCAUUGAAGAAAGAGGCUUUCCGAAAUGUGGUUCAGAACAAGAUGCAGGAGCUGGAUGACGUGCUGGCGCAGCUGCCCGUUCGGGUAUGGUCGUGCUGGGAAAACAAAGCGGGAAAGGACUUGAUAACCUUGUCACAAGAGCGAGGGUCCAGUGGAGCUUACUGCAUUCUGGCGAAAAGGCUUGGGAUUGUGCAGGAGCUGAAGAAAGAUUCCUUCGAGGAAAGGGAGGAUGUCUGGGUUUUCUUGCCUGGCGAGGUCCAGCCAUUGCGAGCAACUGUUUUGGAGGACACUCCUGAAGAGCAAGAUGAUGUUCUAAUCCAGUAUUGGGAUGGUGAUGAGCCUGAGAAGCGCAUAGAGAAGUGUCUCGUGCGAAAGAUAUGGGGCUGA